GGUUUAAGUUGCAUUUUAGAUGCGAACGAACGCGCAUCCCUCUUUUGGGCUCGUGGCCACGCGGUGAACGUUUCGUGAACGUCGGGCGCGCGUUACGUCCCAAGUGCGACUCGAGUCGAUUGUGAACGAUCCUGCGACGCGGAUUGUGCCUGGCGGUGACGCGGUGAUUCGCACCGGUAAUCUAGUGGUUUUGCCCAGUAGUGCGUAGGACAUCAUUCUGUAUUUGUGGCGAUCAAGAUUGACGAUUUUGGAUUGGAUGCAGUUAACUGAUCGGACCAGCGAACAGAACGAAAUUUCCAGGAUAUUGAAUUACGUGAAGGAAAGUGAAGCUUAACGGAUCAUGAUGCACCGGUUUCUGUACAAUUCCCUUAUCCUUAAACUGCUGCUGCUGACAAUCUUGUUCGCGUCGUCGGGUCUGACGGCGGGUCUGUCGAAGUCGCGCGGCAAAAAGAAACUCACCAAGGAGAACGUUUGUGACAUUAAAAACCAGCGGUCACCGAUCUUCUGUUACUGCAACAACUCCGGCCUGCGAAAUGCCAGCGACGUCGAUUGCUGGGUAUUGGACAAGUUCGAUCAGAACGAUCCCAUGUGGAGUUACUUCACAUCGCAAAUCCAAGUCGAAAAAUUGUCGUUUACGGUGCGUCAGGGCAGCUUCGACUACGUGCCCAGUCAGCUGCUGCAGCAGCUGAAGAAUUUGCGCGAGUUCAAGAUCCAAUAUGGGACGCUCUACGAGAUUGCGGAGCACACUUUCAACAAUCUCGGUGUUGCCAAGAUCAAUCUCAGCCGCAACACGAUCAUCGUGCUGCGCAAGUACGCCUUCGAGAACAUGCGAAAUCUCACUGUCAUCAAUCUUGACUAUAAUCGCAUCUCCGAGAUUAAUAGAGACACGUUUCUGAAUUUGGCGAACUUGAACAAGCUGUAUUUGAAUCACAAUAACAUUAGCACCGUUCACGAUAAAGCGUUCAAGAGCCUGCCCUCGCUGCAGGAGCUCGACCUGGGCAGCAACCAGAUCACUGUCAUCACGCGCGACAGUUUCCACGGUUUGCGCAAACUGCAACGUCUCGAUCUACGCAACAAUAAGAUUGCCAUGCUCGGCGAUCGUCUCUUUGCCGAGAUGCAGGAAUUAACCGAACUCGAGCUCGAUCAAAAUCAGAUCAAAUACAUAUCCAACAGAGCAUUCGACAACAUGUACAAUCUCCGGAAGUUGCACCUUAGCGAGAAUCAUCUGGAGAUGCUGGAACCAGAUUUCUUAGCUGGUGCGCCUGGUGUUCACUUUUUGGAUCUGAGGGAUAACUUGCUGAAGUUGAUGACCUUUGACAACAUUAAACCAAUCGUGACCAAUCUCUAUGACCUCAACAGCUACUUUUACCUGGAUGGAAACAAUCUGACCUGCAACUGCAAACUUGCGUGGAUCUGGGGCCUGCGGAACGAGACGAAGAAUACGAAACUGAGGGAUGCCCUAGAGGAGCUGACUUGCUUCCUUGAGAGCAAUAAUGCAACGCAGAAGAUCAACAGCGAAGACCUGGGGAGAAAUCAGCCGCGCUACAUUCCCAACAAAUAUGUUAACAAUAAUUCGAGAGCCGAUAAUAACGAGGACGACGAUGAGGCUGAGAAUGAUGAUUAUACAGAAUAUGACGAGGACGAUGAAAAAGAAAAAGAGAAUGAGAAUUCGCAUUUUCGCAGUAAGAGUACUGAUAGCACUGAUAGCAAUAAGUGCUGUAAAAAGCACCUAUUCGAAUUGAAGCCGGAAGAGCUGCCAUGCCCGCAGCUUUCGCGUGAGGAUUUGAUGGCCUCCGAGCAGCCAUCCAGCCGUCAUGAAAACGCCCGUGCGUCCGGGUCCAGCUGGUUCAGCUCCGGUUCGAUCUCGGUCCAGGCCGGUCAGUCCGUCCUCGUUGCCUCAUUGCUAUUGCUAUCUAUACUUUUUUUCACGUAGAAGCGGCUAAGCGUUCGAAAAUGAAGCGAUAUAAGCGCCAUUCGGUGUCCCGAUACGCUCGAGCGAGCGAAAAUGGAAAAUCGUACACGUACAUAGAAACGAAAACGGGACGUGGAAGAAAGUGUAUAUGUUUAUUGCGUGUGUAUGUGUGUGUGCGCACUUACGUAGGAAACUAACUGGACAACCAAGAGACGUACCUUCGAAACUUUCCGAAGCGCUUUUACAGUUACCAUUUAUUGUAUGAGGGCUCUCUUUAAAAGGUAUUCGAACUUUAAAAAUGUUGCACGAACGUGAUCGCGUGAUCAAUAAUGCAUAGCGACGAACGAGAUCGCCAAGUCACAAUUGUCCAGUAUCGAAACGCGGCUGCAUUUUUAAAGUUUUACAAUUUUUUUUUUUUUUGACCUCUCGGCUAUAUUUGACGUGAUAAUAUAAAAACGUUUGCGCCGUUAUUUGAUAGACGCACUGUCAUGCAGAGUUUAUAACGGGCCACAUAACGAGACGCAACAUUUUACGUUCGCGAUAAUUUACGUGUCUAUCGUAUCUUCAACGCGAGCCAAAAUGUGGUAGUAUAAAAAUGACAAAGAAUUGCACAUAGCAUUUUACAUAAUAUUGAUCAAAUUCGGGCUCAAACGCGCUCCUUUACAUAAGUACUGUACGCCAUUCCCGUAUCUGUACAGUAUACAAUAUGCGUAGUUUUACUGUAUGUAUUAUAAGUAUACCAAAAAAAAAAAAAAAAUACCGCGCACACUGCCGUCUCUCGUUAGCUAUUUCGCUUGUGUAAUUACUGCCAUUUAGACCAUAGUCCACUAUUAUAUCCAGCUAAUUUUGAUCGAGACGAUGGGUCCAGCUAUAACGGCUCCAAAUUUCGAUGUAAUUAUAAAAUGUCAGAAAUUGCCAGAGAUAUAUUGCCAUAUACAAUAAUUUAGAAUAAAUUUUACAAUUUUUGAUAGAGAAAUUAGACAGCAGAAUUUUUUUAAUUGUUUAUUUAUAACUAGUAUAAUUAUCGGCAUUUUUCCAC